AUGGUUACGGCAAACAACGCGGUGGUGGUGGUGGUUGCAGCGUGCGUGGCGGCUGCGCUGGUGGCGGGCGCGGCCGGCAGCGGAGUGACGCUGCGGGCGACGCCAGGAACGCUGCCGCACUCGGGAGCCAACGUGACGGUGAGCUGGACAGGGGUGACGCAUCCGUCGGUCGACGACUUUGUGGCACUGUAUGUGCCUGCGGGCAAUCCGGACAGCAAGUACUUUGGCAAGUACAUGGCGACCAACGCCACCGGAUGGAAGUCCGGAUCGGGCUCGUUUGUCAUUGCCGACGCCGUCCUCAACUUCCGCCAGCCGCUGCAGCUGCGGCUGUUCUCGCGGGCUUCGGCAGACGUUGACGCGCUUGCGGUUGUCGCCGUCUCGAACAAUGUGGCGCCGGCCAACCCGAACGAGCCGACAAUGGGCCAUCUGGCGCUCGGUGAGGCCGCGGGCUCGAUGUCAAUCUCGUGGACGACCCGCGACCUCGGCACGCCCAUGGUCCGCUGGGGCGCGUCGCCUGAUAGCCUCGACGCGCAGGCGCCGGCGACGACGACGACGUACACCACUGGUGACCUGUGCAACGCGCCGGCGAACGAGUCGGUCAACUUUAUCAAGCCGGGCUCGCUCCACACCGCGGUCAUGACCGGGCUCAAGCCGGGCGCCACAGUGUACUACACGUACGGCUCCGAGGCCUUUGGUUGGGCGGAGGUGGCGUCGUUUGUGGCGCCGGUCCCUGCGGGCGCCGAGCAGGGCGUCAAGGUUGCGGUGUUUGGCGAUCUUGGCGUCGCACUGCCGUUCACCAUCGGGCCGGAGCAGCAGCCGCCGGCCAAGAAGACGCUGCAGUGGGUCCGCAAGCACGACCCGCAGCUUGUGCUGCACGUGGGCGACAUCUCGUACGCGCGCGGCUACUCAUUCCUUUGGGAGUACUUUUUCGACCACAUCGAGGAUCUGGCGACGAGCCGGCCGUGGAUGGUCGGCGUCGGCAACCACGAGUGGGACUACGAGCAUCCGCCGCCGAACGACCCGUCGCGUGUGCCGUGGCGCCCGCCGUUUGCCAACUACGGCACCGAUUCCGGCGGUGAGUGUGGCGUGCCGUACAUGAAGCGCUUUGCCAUGCCGAACGCCAACGUCUCGUCGAACCUGUACUACUCGUUUGACUUUGGCAACGUCCACUUUGUCACGCUCUCGUCCGAAACCGACUUUGUGGCUGGCUCGCCGCAGUGGACCUGGCUCGCGGCCGAUCUCGAGAGCGUCGACCGGACCAUCACGCCCUGGCUGGUGGUCUCGCUCCACCGGCCGAUGCUCUCGUCGUCGCAUGGCAACAUGAACUCGAAGCUCGUCGACCAGUUCGCCAUUGCGUUUGAGCCGCUCUUCCUCAAGCACGGCGUCGACCUCGUCCUUACCGGGCACGUCCACAAGUACGAGCGCUCGGAGCCGAUGAAGUCACUGUACCCGGAGCGCGCCAUCGGCGCGCCGGGCCACCCCAUUUACGUCGUCCUUGGCAUGGCCGGCCACACCUUCCAGAUGCCAUGGUCCCAGUACUCGUCGAACCACUUCUUCCAGCCGGCCUGGUCCGUCUUCCGUACCGCCAACUGGGGCUACUGCAUGAUUGAGACCACUGCAGACACUCUCACCUUCCAAUACCGCGGUGACCAGUCCGACGGCGUCCACGACGAGAUCGUCCUCUCCCGCUCUGUCCAGGCCGCGCAUCGCGCCCGCCUUGCCGCCGGCCACGGCCGUGACUAG